AUGGACCAGAAUAUAGCAUAUUCACCGACCGAAAAGCAAAUUGAGAGCCCGGCAAGCGAAGACUACCUCCAUCCACCUGACGAGAAAGGUCACUCCAGUGACCCGGGUGCCAACGACGAUGUACGCAAGAUCAAGGGCUUUAAAUGGUUUCUCAUUUGUGCUGCUCUUUACCUUUCAGCAUUGAUGUAUGGACUGGAUACAACCAUCGCUGCGGACGUCCAAGGAGCCGUAAUUCAGAGAUUUGGUCAGGUCGACCAACUUGCCUGGAUUGGAGCCGGGUUCCCUCUUGGAUCGCUCGCUGUCAUUCUGCCCUACGGGUUUCUUUUUACCACUUUCAACAUGAAAUGGCUCUAUAUUGCUGGGAUUGUCUUGUUCCAGGGCGGGUCUGCUCUCUGUGGUGGCGCUCCGAAUAUGGGCGCCCUGGUUGUCGGACGUGUGAUUGCCGGUGCUGGAGGAACCGGUAUAUAUUUAGGAGGACUGAAUCACAUCUCGGCCAUGACGACUCGGAAUGAGCGCGGGGUGUAUCUUGCCGGCACUGGGUUUGUCUGGGGCUUGGGAGCGAUCCUGGGCCCCGUGGUUGGUGGCGGAUUCUCGGAUUCAUCUGCCACCUGGCGUUGGGGAUUCUAUAUCAAUCUUAUCAUCGGUGCUAUCACAGCUCCCGUCUACCUUUUAUAUCUUCCAGUCAUUGAUCCAUCCCCUGGAAGAUCACUCAGAGAUCGACUUCUCAGUCUGGACUAUGUUGGAUUCGUGCUCAGCGCAGCGAUGUGGGCUACCUUUGCUAUCGGUUUCAUCUUUGCGGGUGGAAUCUGGCAGUGGAAUGAUCGUCGUACCAUUGCGAUGCUUGUGAUAUGGGGAGUUCUGCUUGCGCUUUACGUACUGCAGCAGAGCUUUUGCAUCUUUACCACUCCCGAACAUAGAUCCUUUCCCGGACAUCUGCUCAAAUCCCGAACCCAAGUCUUGUUCUACAUCACCACCACCUGCGCGAAUACUUGCAUGUUCUUUACCACAUUCUACAUCCCGAUCUACUUCCAAUUCACACGGAAUGAUUCAUCCCUCAUGGCCGCAGUGCGACUCCUCCCCUUCCUCCUAUUCACCAUCGCCCUCAACCUUGCUUCCGGCGCGGCCUUACCUAAAAUCAAGUACUACAUGCCGAUGUGUCUGGUUUCUGGUAUCUUGAUGACGAUAGCCGGUGCGUUGUUCGUGGGAUAUCUUUCUCCAUCGACACCAACGGGUCAGAUCUAUGGCUUCAGUGUCUUGAUGGGAAUCGGCGCCGGAAUCACCAUGCAGCUAGGAUACUCCGUGGGCAGCCUGAAAGUCAAGCCAACUGACGCCCUCAGCGCCAUCAACCUGCAAAAUGUUGCUCAGAUUGGAUCCACGGUCAUCUGUCUUGUCAUUGCCAGCCAAGCGUUCCAAUCAAACGCCAUCAGCAACUUGAAUCACGUUCUAAGAGGUCAGGGAUUCAGUCAAUCAGAAAUUCGAAAUGCUGUUGCUGGAUCCCAAAGCUCGUUGUUUGAGCAACUCGGUGGUGAUAUGCGGGCUGCAGCGAUCGAAGCAAUCACCUCCGCGAUGGCAAGGGCCUUUAUCAUUCCCCUUGUGGCUGGUGCUUUGGGGCUGGUUUCCUCUUUGUUGAUGAGUCGGGAGAGGCUGUUUGGAUAA